AUGACGCCAACCUCAGCGUCGCAGAGAAUGGCAAGUUCCUUCGCCUUCUUCAGUAGCCCAUUGCGACGCUUGGAGAAGGUCACCUGCCGGCUGGUCGAGUUGUCGAUUCUGCGGAUCACAAUCUUCCCCCUCCCCAUUCUUCCACUCCUAUCAUCAUCAACAUCACCCAUGAAAACUUUGCCACUUGUCGGAUCCGUUUAA